AUGUGGGCCGGGAAUUUGUCCUACAUCAAAGCCCAAGUUGACAACGGCAAAAAGAACCCGGACGAGCACUUCCUCCUGAAAGAUGGUUGGAAGACGGACUUUACCACGAGAGAUCCGAAACAGCCAUUCACCCUGAGCUGGGACAACGACGUCACCCUGUCCUACUCCGACUACGACGAGAAGAGCGGAUGUUACAAGCUCACCCUCAGCCAUCAGAGUGAAGAUGCUUUCAGGAUCUGGGUCUCGGACGAAGAUGGUGACGAUCAUGACCUCGAUACCCUUCAUUCCGGAGAGAACGGAACGACCUCGACGACUCUUUGCACCAAAUGGCUUCACAUCCAUGUUAAGAAUGAUGGAGAUUCUUUCUGA